UCCGUAAACGGUAAGCGGCUUUGGGCGCAUGCGCGCGGGUCAUCGUAUGCGCGUUUUCGCCUGCGGACAGCGGACGAACCGAAAUAAAUCGAACGACGCCGAGUCGAUCAGCGGUACGGCGUAAACUGGCGUAAACGAUAAACGGCGUUCGCAGGACGUGCGCGUUUCGCGUUAGUGAUGAUCAAAACGGACCAUCGUCCUCGCCGUGAUCGCUCGUGGCACAGCACGCAGACGAAACAGCCGUGAUCCGUGAUCCGUGUUACGACUGUUACGAGUCGCGAGGCAGAGAGAAGAAGAUCGAGAACCCGCGUCGUCGUCGCGCUCCGCCGCAGCGGUCACGGAUGCAUAUGGAGGUAUCAUCGUUAAUGCAAUUUACAGAGGAGCACUAAGAAAUUCAUCGCGCAAUUCACGAGGUGCGAUCGAUAUGCUGUCGGCACGAAACGCGUGUAUUGCAGCGUGCUAUAACAGUGCUUCCCGAACCAAUGUCAAAUCGUUACUGUGUCCCCGAACCGGCGCUGUCUGAACCAGCUCAACAGCUGAUCGGAGCACGAAGCGGUGGUGAACGGGGCUACUAUCGCACCACCACCCCGCGUUUCGGAGAAAUUCAGUCUCGUGUCAUCUAGGUAAAAAAAAAUAAAGAAAAGUCUCGUAAUUCUCUUGGCGAAGAAAGAGAUCUAUAUUCUUCAUCUGACACGAGGAGAAUAGCAGCAAGGGCGAAGUGUGUUUUCGCUCGCUUGGACACGCCAUCAUGGUGAAAACUUUUCAAGCGUAUCUACCUUCCUGUCACCGCACUUACUCGUGCAUUCACUGCCGUGCUCAUCUCGCCAAUCACGACGAACUCAUCUCUAAGUCCUUCCAGGGCAGUCAAGGUCGUGCCUAUCUCUUUAAUUCUGUGGUGAACGUAGGUUGCGGCCCCGCGGAGGAGCGAGUUCUGUUAACUGGGUUGCACGCUGUCGCUGAUAUCUAUUGCGAGUGCUGCAAAACCACCUUAGGAUGGAAAUAUGAGCAUGCAUUUGAGUCAAGUCAGAAAUAUAAGGAAGGAAAAUUUAUAAUCGAACUUGCACAUAUGAUCAAGGAGAAUGGAUGGGAAUGAAAAGCAGAGGGAAAUAGAAGAGUUCCCUGUGCCUCUCAUCAAACUUUUCCUGAUGACGCCUACAACGUUGUUCUAAUUGCAAUGUACGGCCCCUCUCUAUUCGAACCACCAACGAAAGUCUGUGAUUUCAUUUGUGAUUUAUAAUCUUAGUAAUCUUCGUUUCGGACAAUUCAAACACAACAUCGGUUUGCUUCUGAUCAAAUCGAGCAAGCAAAGGUAUCGCGGCGAUCUGUAUUCGUCGGUGGACACAUCGCCAAGUAUUGUAAAGAAAUUAUUUUUCAAUGGAAGAAAAAAGUAGAGUAAGAUGACAAUGUCAAGUAACGGUGGAACAUGACGAUGAAGGUGCCAUGGUGGAAAUAGAAAAGCGAGAUUGCUCGGUACGAGCAGUGGGGUGCCCCCCCUCCCUAAUUUUGAUUCAUUAUCUUUGUAGACAUUGCGUGCAGUCGUGUGUCGACACUGAAUGUGUUAAAAAUUAAACGUGCGGGGCACCCCGACAAUCAGUUUUAUCUGUUUUACGCACCAGAACAGCGGAAGUGCCACAGACUUUGCUGGACUGAUUGCCUGCCUGCCGCGUCUGUCAUUGGAAUUUCACUGCCGAUAUUCCUAAUAUUAAUUAAGAAUGCUACGCCGUAUUUAGACGACGUAGUGGUAGUCCUAGUUUAGCAUACAUUAUAGAGUACUAAAGCCUAUAUUACAUAAUUAUAGGACUUUAUGGAUGUAGAAAAUAGGAAUGAAUAAGAAUAAUGGAGGCAAGAGGAGAGGAAGAAAGGAAAAGAGAAUUUGAGUGAAUGAAAGUGAGAGAGAGAGGGGAGGGGGUGAGGGAGAAGGAGGAUAUAAAAGAAAAAGUCUGGUUAAAUGUCACGUGUACAUGUUUGGUUUUAUGUUCAUCAUGCCUGCCAAACUGUCUGUUUGUUCAAUCUGCCAGUUGCCACUGUUAUUACAGUAGGAUCGUAUUGUAAUAUGUUUACGUUUUCAUCGGCUGAAAUAGAAUGUGGCGUGAUCGAAGUUUUUGUUGUAAAGUUUUGAAACUGCGCCUUCCUUGUGUGUACAUGUGCGUGCGCGCGCGCGUGUGUUGUGUAUGUGUGUGUGUGCACGCAAUAUAUCUAAAAUAUAAAAAAAGGAUGACUCGUUUUCUUGAAUAUCUCAAUAUCGUUCAUAAAUAUUUUAUAAGAUCCAACUGUAUUUACAGAUUGUUAGUAAUGACAGUCGCGAUCCUAUAAAAAGAUAAUUUCACUUAGGAUUGAACUUUAUCACCAAACUUUCGAUUACACAAAUUUGCAAUCGAAUAUUUAUAAUAAAGUUGUCGCUUCUUCUACUACGUUGAUACGUUUUUGUGCAAUGUAGUCUUUGCGUGAGAAAUUUUUCCUCGGAAUAUCAAUUAUAGAGGUUGUUUAUAUACGAUGUAUCAUUUGUGCUAUAUUCCUUGACAAGUUCUUCCGUUGCUAUCUUCUUGUUACGAUUAUUAAAAGAUAGUUAAAUAAAAUUCAUAAACGAGUGCGCUUAUUAGAAAAUCGGAGUUGCGUCUAUGCAUGAUGCUUAACGAUUGAACCGAUGAUUAAACAAAUUGUAUAAAUUGUUGUUUAAUGAUAUUGAUCGUUAAUUGUUUAAUUAACAGGAAGGUAGCUUUAUUGUGUUUAUUGCAUCAAGCGAUAAUCUGUUUAUAUUGUAUAAAGUAUUUUGAAUGAUAUCAGUGACCUUUGUUAGCACUGUUUUCCACUAGAAAAUUAUAUGUAGACAGAUCAUACGUUUAGCUUUCAAGUGCAUACAUAUGAAAGUGCAGUGUAUUUGUGCAGCGUAUGUAGAAAAAUGUUUGCCUAUCUAUCUGUUCGACAGAUUGACCGACUGAUCCCGAAUGAAUAAAUGAAUGAAUGAACGAAUAAAUGAAUGAUUGUGUCGGCCUAAUAUUCACGCUGUCACUCAAAGAGUACUUUUUAUAUUAAUGUGCCGAUAUCCUUAUCCGCACUCACCUUUUCGGAACCUUGUUAAAAUGUAUCUAUCAACACUAACUCUGUAGUAUUCAGCCUCCACAACUUCCACUAUCACAAGAUUUUGCUUUGUAAAACGUGUUCUUAAUAAAAGGAAAAAGAA